AUGGCUCGCGCAGCAGUCAUCCCACAGUCGCCGCCCAAGCGGACGACGCGCACACGAACUAAGGGAUCGACGACCACUACAUCUGCUAAAGCUGCGCCCAAAACGACAAAAGCCAGGGCACCUAGCUCUGCCACCGAAGCGAGGAAAAGAGGCGGCCGGACAACAGCAACAGCAAGCAGACCAGCGGACGAAGAUGCAGAGGAGUCGACAGACGAUGAGAUUGGCAUGUUCUCUGAAAGGAAAACAACGACGGUAGCGAAACCUAAAGGCCGACCUACGACUAAACCCACAACUACCACAACUAGUCGUGGUAGGAAGGCCACGCCCACAACAAACGCGGAUUCGGGCAGCGACAACGAUGACGAGCUUGCUCAGUCGGACGCUCCAAAGAAGCGCGCUGGGAGACCGAGGACCAAGCCUGCGACGCCCGCAAAGACCGAAACCGUCCCAAAGACGCGAGGACGGCCGAAGGGUUCUACAGCAACAAAGUCGGCCAAGCCAGUCGAUCCUGUGAAGGAAAACACGCGACUGAAUGCGAAAGGUUUCACCGAUAUCGAUUUCUCUUCCUCGCAGGAAGCGCCCAAACGUGUGUAUAUUGCGACGAACUCUACGACAGCGAGAUCGAAUAUGCUGCGUGGACCGGCGAAGAAGAAGAAGGUUACAUUCCAGGAUCCGUCCGAAACUGCAGAAGAAGACAUGAGCGAGCCAUCUCCCCCGCCGGCUGCUGGAAGGCGACGAGGGACGAUUGGGCCUGGACGUCAGGCAGGUCUUGCGUCCAAGCCGGUUCGCAAACCUGCAGCGACCUCCGCUAAGGGCCGGAAGCCGGCGACGGCCAAGAAGGAGGGUCCUAAACCUCUUUCGCCGAAGAAGGCAACGCAGGUCGCCAAAGCGCUUUCGUCGUACGCCGACUCGGAUGGAGAGGACGAUGAGCUGAGCGGCGAUAAAGAUCAGGUCAAGUUUGUUGUCAACUCACCCCCCAAACACGGAUCAGAAAAUACCGGCCUUAGUUCACCAGUGAAGAGAAUCAAUAUCACUGGAAAGUUCCGGAAAUCUCUCGACGAGAAUGGCGAGCCUCUGCCUGGUCCUAGACGAUCGAUCGACUUCAAUGAUACACUCCUUAUGUCCAGCCCUGCUCGUCGACCACCCCCCUCACCUUUCAACUUCUCAAUGAGAGAAACACCCAAGCGUGGAGCGUUCGCUCCACGCGAUGAUCACAAGUCGUUAUCACAACCCCAUCUCUCCCCAACACACAACUCACCGCUCAAAUUGUCGCCCAGGAAGGCACACUUGGAGACUCCGAAGCGAGGAAGCGUCUUUUUGGACAGUGGCAAGCCGUUGUCGCAACCCAACUUUACCCCAGGGCACAAUUCCCCUCUCAAGGCGUCACCCAGAAGGGGCCUAUUCGGGGCGUCGUUCACGUCACAGGCCCACGCCGAAUCCACGUCGACCCCAUUGAGACACAGUGUAUCUUUCCUUCAAAGCCCGGCAAAAAGGAUUGCGUCGCCAUUCAAAAGCUCGUUGUUUGCAAGCAGAAGCCCCAUAACCGAGGAUGUCCAGGUUGACAUCAGUGAUGUGGAAGAACCUACUACCCCUGACGUCGAUGAAUCGCCGCUUAGAAUGACCGAAUUUCAGGAAGUCAGGGAUGCUGAAAGUGAAGACGAGCAGGUUGAUGACGAUUUCCCUGAGGGAGUCAAAGAUAACGAUGCGACCAAGGAAAUCGAUACGAAAUCCCCAGCCGCUGCAGAAGAGUCCGACGAAGAUACUCUGCACAAAGAGUUUGAUCGGGAGCAGACCAUAGAGUAUGAAGAGGAAUACACGGGAAAUGCGGCUGAGGAUGUCACGACGCAUGAGGAGCAUAUUGAAAGUGACGUUCGCAAUGACCAGCAGUCUGAAGAGCCUGCUCACGAGUUGGUCGAGGCCACUGAGGAGUCUAUGGAGGAGUCUGAAGAAGACUUCAAGGACGAUGCCAUGGAGGAACCUGCUGGUGAGCUAGUCGGGUCUACAGAGGAGCCCAUUAAGGAGCCCGAAAACGAGCAUAUGGAGGAGCCUAUGGAAGAAUACACGGAGGAGAUGGCCGAAGAAUCUGUUAGUGAUCCGACCGAGCAUAUCGAUGAGCCUGUGGAGGAACCCAUGGAAGAAGUCGCCGAUGAGUCAGUGGAGCCACCCAUGGUGGAGACCGAGGAGUCUGUCGAAGCAGGAGUGACUGAGCCUGCCGAGGAAUCCUCUGAACCUCCCAUCAAAGAGCUCGUUACCGAGCCUGACGCUGAACUUGUCAGGGAACCGGAAGCUGAGCAGACCUACCCAACGGUUGAAGGUGAAGAGACUGGCGAGAUGAGUAACGAGCAUGAAGCUCAGGAGAACGCCACCGAGUACGCUGAAGAUAGUCCAGAGCUCGAUGCUGAGGUUUCCGUCCCCGACACUAGAGAGGACACCGUGGAAAUGGAAGAUAUUUCCGUUUCCCUGCCCAAGGACUUUAGCCCGUCAAACCGCAGUGAGACGCGCGAGUCUAUCGUUGAAGAAGAGCCUUCAGCCGGGUACGACCAAGGGGGUGUUGAGCAACCCGAGCAUGAGGCAGAAGAGCGCACUGAGACAACGGACUCGGCAACUGAAACUGCUCCAGGCCCAGCCAACACAGGACUAAGAAGCAGCUUGGUUGAAGGCCUUGAGGAUGUCUUCGUCGAACGCGCAGCACCCCCUGAGCCUGUCAAUGAUGACCGUGAUGGCUCGGAGACGGAGGACGACCCGGAUAUGCUGGAGGCGGCCGACGAAGAGAAUGCUGCAGAUGCUUUUGACGACUUUGACGACGUGGACGACCAGUACACAUUCGAUGACAGCGAACCAACGCUCGUGGGGUUCGAACCGACCGAGCGGAUCCCACCUAACCUCGUUCCCAUUCAGCCAUACGAAGUCGAAGAAGCGGAAGAUCCUUUCAGCCCUUCGCGUCAGGCUCAGAACGCCUCCAGGCGUGUUCUUUCGCCCGUUCGUAUCCUUGAAAGCCCUAUCAGGCGAAGCCCUAUCAGGCGAAGCCCUAUCAGGCGCAGCGCGAGGAAUGCUCCUACACCUGCAGCAGCCAUGGACAAUGGGACGCAAAACAAUGCCGACCUCUCGGACCCAUUCGUUGAGCACAGUCGUGCAACACCUCGUCGUAGAUCUACUCGAGGACUACUUUUCGAUAACGCCCCUCGUUUCACACCACUGGCGCAACAGUUUAGACAGUGGAAAUCUAACAGCCCUGAGAAGGCGCAGGCGACGCGACCACGGAGGGGAAUCUUCUCUUUGGGAGGCCGCAGGAGGUCUAGCAACGUUACUAGUACUUCUGAGGUUUUAUAUCCUGAUGUAUCCAGGCAGGCAGAAGCUUCAUCGUCUAAGCCGCAAACUUCGCAGCAAGAGCGGGAAGAUGUCGAUGUGCCUGAGGUUGCUGGAAUUGAAGAGCAGGAGCCUGAAGAAAAUGCCGAGCCAGCCCACGAGGAGACUCCAAUGCCUGUUUCGCCUGCUGCGCAGGAACAGAGUGAGGAUGUCGACGUCCCGGAGAACGAUGAGGAUCAGGAGCAGGAAGCGGAACCGAUCGCUGAGGAGCCAAAUCAACCUUCAUCAGCUGAGUUGCCAACUCCGCAAGAAGACUUGAAUGAUGUUGAUAUGUCUCUACCUGAAGAGCAAGAUCAGGAUCCGGAACCAGUUGAUGAGGAGCCAAGCCCGGAGAAGGCUUCAUUACCCAACUCGCCUAUUCUGGAGGAAGACAGUAAUGAUGCCGAUAUGCCUGCUAUACAUGAAGACGAGCCGUCACAGCCCAUUGGCGACAUGCCCAGCCAAAUGGAGGCUUUGCCGGCUGAACCUGACACUUUGCAGGAAACUGACAAGUCUGCUGAUAUUCCCGAAAUUUACGAAGACGAAGAUUCUGGUUCUCAGCAAGCUGGCGAUACUGAGACCUUCGAGGAGCCGUUGGAGCAGUCCGCAGAGGUAGUUGAGAGCAGCCAGGAGGCUGUGGCCGACGCAAGCGAGGAUAAGGAGAACAUGUACGCAGUGCCGUCCGUGCCUGACAGUCUCGCUUCUGAGUCGCAGCCAGACAAGGAAAGAGAGCUCGGGGAUAUUCCCAUUCUCGCACCUUCUACUCCGAUGAAAAACAGGAUUCCUGAGAUGCAGACUGUACACACGGUAUCUAAAGUUCCACUCAAGCCCGAAGGCCAGAUAUCGCCGUUGAAAAUGUCGCGCAAGCGUGGUCUUUCGCUCUCCGCCUCUUCCCCAGGGCGCUCCUCGAGACCCCGCAUGUCGGCAAUUGCACCCGUCGCGCGAAAUGUUCCCCAGCUCUCACCUCGCAAAUCGCCCCGGCUACAAAGAACCGCUUCGCGCCAGUCACUCGGCCAAUCGCAUACUCCUGAUACAGCGAGAAAACCCAAUGAGGCUCAAAGACCUGCACCGCCCAAGCGGCCCUCGUACUCUCCCAGCCCUAAGAAGAAGACGAAAACGCCUCGCACGAGCAUCAGUGCUCCCAAGCUGGCUCUACAGGGCUCUGUUGUAUAUGUGGAUGUGCACACAACCGAGGGAGAGGAUGCUAGUGGCAUCUUUAUUGAGCUUCUGCAGCAAAUGGGAGCCCGAUGCGUGAAGAACUGGUCGUGGAACCCUCGCGCCAGUGUUUCUCCAGAGGAAGGAACAGAGCCCAAGGAGGGCAAGGUGGGAAUCACCCAUGUCGUUUACAAGGAUGGAGGUGUCCGAACUUUGGAGAAGGUCCGACAUGCCAGAGGCCUUGUCAAAUGUGUCGGAGUCGGCUGGGUCCUUGACUGCGAACGUGAGAACAAAUGGCUCGAUGAGGCACACUACGAAGUCGACCUGUCUAUUAUCCCCCGUGGUGGUGCUAAGCGUCGCAAGAGCAUGGAACCACGCGCUUUGAGCAACGUCAAUGGCACUCUUGUCAAGACCGACGCGGCGAGUGCAUCUGCAAACCGCAGACGAUCUAGCCUUGCCCCUCCCAAAGAAUCCAUCCCCAGAGAUGCGACACCCUCUUCGCGUGAUGAGCCAUCUACCCCCGACGCCACUCCUAAGAUUGGCGCCGGUCACACGGAAGCAGACCAGCAGUACUGCCACACGCCCAAGACUCCGGGCUACACUCUUGACAUGGAUGCCAUUGGCAUGUCGCCAGCCACACCAUUCUACCUGUCACAGCGGACGAAGCUCGUGCAGCAGACCUGUCCUCCGAAGCAGACCCGCCAAGGUCUCUUUACCACGCCGGCUGCGGCACGCGAGCCGAACCAGAAGCUGCGGGCCAAAUUGGAGGCAGCUAGACGAAAGAGUAUGGCGUAUAAGCCGCGAGUGGGGAGUCCCCUUGUUGAGUAGAUUUUGGUUGAUUUUGUUUCGCACCGGAUUGGCUUGGUUUUUGCUCGAUUCCGGUUACUGGAUAUCUG